AAGCAAUUAAAAAUGCAAAAAUCAAAUAAUAAACAAGAGGAAGAUGGCAUUAAAUUACAGAAUAUGCAAUUUACUAAAACUAAACUAUCAAGACAGGCUUGUACUCACAAAAACAAAAAACUUAAAUAUGAUCAAAAACAGACUAAAAUGCUUCAUAAGCUGAAUGUUGACUUUCCUUUA